UUUUUGUUUGUAUAUGUCCAGACAGCAGUGAUAUAACCCCUCCAGUUCUCUCUGCUAUGAAUGAAGCUACACCUGUCAGCAUUGAGCCUCGGAUAAACAUUGGACAGCGGUAUCAGGCGGAGGUCCCAGAGCUGAGGGAGCGCUCGGCAGCGCAGCACGACCUACAAAAGGCUGAACUGUUGUGGGCGUCACUGCCUGACUUGGAGGCCGAUAUUGAGCAACAGCAAAGAGUGGAUGACCUCAUGCACCUGGCGUGCUCGAGUGCGUUGUGCGGAGGAGGGACCAAUCAGGAACUGGCCCUGCACUGCCUGUAUGAAUGCAAGGGUGACAUCAUGGGAGCCCUCACUCUUCUGUUGUUAAAAAACCCCAUCUUUCCCAAAGCGCACCCGCUGGCUGACUACCACUACUCUGGCUCUGACAGCUGGACGCCAGAGGAACGGCGACUCUUUAACAAAGGCAUUGCUGCCUACAAGAAGGACUUUUUCAUGGUCCAGAAACUGGUGAGCUCCAAGACGGUGGCUCAGUGCGUGGAGUUCUACUACACGUACAAGAAGCAGGUGAAGAUCGGCAGGAACGGUACGCUCCUUUACGGAGAAGCAGAGCCACCAGAGACCAAACCCACGACAGAGGAGGAAGUGGACAAUAAAAGUUCACAGAAGUUUGAAUCACGGAAAGAAGACGAGGAGAGCAGGAAGUGGGAAGGGUCAUGUGACAGGAAACAAGAGAACAGCCCGGGCAGGGUGACACAAUCGCUACAGGCCACUAAAAAUGCUGCUGCCGUCUUGGUUUUAAGAAGUCAGGAGGACAGCAGUAGAGAGCCGUCCAGGUUGGGGGUCAGUAAUCAUCCUCCUCCUCCUCCACCACCACCAUCUAAACCCCGCUCUGACACCACCGGCCGGAAAAGCACUGGCAAUACAGGAAAGGGACAAACAAACCAAGAGGGUGAAUUCCCCUGCAAGAAGUGUGGCAGGAUCUUCUUUAAAGUGAAGAGCCGCAGUGCCCACAUGAAGAGUCACGCCGAGGCGGAGAAGAAAGCGGCUGCGCUCCGGCAGAGGGAGGCCGAGCAGCGGGCGGCAGCCGCCAUAUUGGCCGCCCAGCAGAACGGCAUGAUGGGGGAUCAGAGCAGAACGAGGAGAGCCAGCAGCGACGACUCCUCCGAGGAUGAGGAGGACGCAGAUGAUGAAGACUGGCACUAGCUAACAAUCUCUUUCGUAUGGCCAAGAAAAUACCUAUUUAUUUUUAGUUUACCAGCCAACAAGACCCAUCCCAAAAGAACAGUUUCAGGGACUGGCUCACUCCCGCAGAGUGUUUGUGUGUGUGUUACGUGUACAUGAGACGGACAAAGACGGAGACCGAUGCUGUAGAAGCAUUCUGGAGCUUAAUGUUCAGACAUAGGGCUAUUAGGAGUGUAAGCCAUCUCGGUGUGAAUGUGUGCGUGUGUGUAUAAUAUGCACUUUCGGACUCAUCCAACACACACUGAUCUGACCGCACGCAGCACGUCCAUCCAGUGUCUGUGCACAGAACUCACUCAGUGUUCUCCUGUGAA